AUGGGAGGAUGCAGUCAUCGAUAUCACAAGGGAGGAUGCAGUCAUCGAUAUCCAGGAAUUGGUGAAGUUGCCUUCGUUAAAGAUCUCAUGACUGGAAAGAUACCAACCAAAAACUUCAAAUGUUCGCGAUUUGGAGCUUCAAUUGCGCCUGGUCUAGGAUGGAAUAAGAUGAACCGAUGUUUUAAACAAGCUUGCAGGGAUGGUUUUGCCUAUACCCCUAAUUAUCAUGUCGAUACAUCAGGCUCGUACAGCUACAGUGUUGUGUCUGAACGUUCCGGAAUUCAGGACAAUCAAACAUCGUUUAUUGGCUGUGAUCACGGAGAGUGUUGUGCUUGUUUUGGUCCUGACAGUAAGAAGGAUUACUGCGCUCCAAGAUGUCAAGCAAUCAAUGGUGGGACGGUUUUGAAGGAAGAGGACAAUAUCACAGUUUGGUUUUGGAUUCGUCCAUCUUUACCAAAACGUGUUUGGAAAAAAUGCAUGGAGUUUAAAGAAAGAAACAAUGCAGGGAAAUUGAAAACAUGGCGUGUGGAAGGUGGAGUAAAGAGAGAGCUCUCCAUCCAGUGA